AUGGCCACCUCCGAGAAUUCGUCGCCCCAGCACGCAGGCCAACAAACCGUUCGUUUUGCUUCCAAGAAGGAAGAAAUCGAGCCCUCCGGGGGUCUACAUACAUCAGCAAUGUCCAUCGACAAGUCACAAGCACCCGAAACAGAUAUGGAAGACCUCUCGAUGAAAUUACAAAAGUCAAGGCUACAGGAAACCAGAAUGCGGAAUUUCGCUUUCGAGCCUGUUUCCUUACCGCCAACGAGACUCCCUUCGAGGGACUCGAAUACGCAUAGUAAUCGGGGUGGUCCGUCACCACCUCCCUCGGGGCCGCAUUCUCCUAUCCUAGGUGCCCAAGACUCGGAACGAAUGAGGGAACGGAUCCACCGAGGAAUUGCGCAAUAUUCAGACAUGACACCCCAGUCGUCAUUGUCAAACGACGCAUCAGGUAAAAGCUACACUUCUAGGUCGCCAGCCGGCAACGGUUCCAGGCCUUCUUCAUCUUCAGGCCCAACAUCAACAAGACCGUCCUCCAUGUCGGAUUUUCCAGCGCCCCCAAGAGAGUCCCGGCAUAAGCCAAAAUUUUUCCUUGGGCCGUCCGAAGACAGCCCGCCUUCAACCCCGAGAUACGAAAUCAGAUCAUCUGCCUCUUCUCUCGUGGGAUCCGGCACUGCGACCCCGCUUGGAGAUCGGAACGAUCCUUAUGCUAGGAGUCGAAUGCCUCCUCCGCAAACCAAUCUCUCCCAGUUAGAUCAAAGAUUUAUUUUUAGCGGCCUCGACUCAAAGCGUCGGCCAAGCAAGGGUAAUAACCAGUCUACCCAAUUAACACCUGCCGUUGAUAAAUCGCAUGAUAAAAGGCUUUUUGGGAAAAAAGAACAACGUCACCUUGAGGGCCACAGGGAAGGACACAAACCUCAUGGCUCAAUGUCUGAGUUGAAGCGUUUUUUCCGUAUGGGUGCGAAACAGAAACGUAGUGAGUCGCCUGCUUCUAUACAUAAGAAGCACUCUUCACGAUCUUCGAGCAAGGUCGACCCAUUCCGAGCUCAUGGCCCUAGUGUUCCUUUUGCCGAUGAUCACGGGCUGCAAUCCAAAUAUGGGAAACUUGGAAAGGUUCUCGGUUCUGGCGCCGGCGGCUCUGUCCGAUUGUUAAAGCGAAAUACGGAUGGUGUCACGUUUGCUGUUAAGCAGUUCAGAGACCGCCAUAAAUGGGAGACGGAAAAGGACUAUGCAAAGAAAGUAACAGCGGAAUUUUGCAUCGGCUCUACCCUGCACCAUGGCAAUGUCAUAGAAACACUUGAUAUUCUUCAUGAAAACGGCCGCUGGUAUGAGGUCAUGGAAUACGCUCCCUAUGACCUAUUUGCUUGUGUAAUGACCGGCAAAAUGACGCGGGAAGAAAUCACUUGCACCUUUCUCCAGAUUGUUAAUGGGGUAACAUAUCUUCACAGCAUGGGGCUUGCACAUCGGGAUCUCAAGCUCGACAAUGUGGUUGUCAACGAGCAUGGGAUCAUGAAACUGAUUGACUUUGGCAGCGCUGUUGUUUUCCGAUACCCUUUUGAAAACAACAUUGUAUUAGCAUCAGGCGUUGUUGGGUCCGACCCAUAUUUGGCCCCAGAGGUUUACGAGGAACACAAAAGAUAUGAUCCCCGCGCAACAGAUAUUUGGUCUCUAGCAAUAAUAUUCUGUUGCAUGUCUUUGCGCCGAUUCCCAUGGAAGCAACCUAAAGAGAGCGACAACUCAUACAAGCUCUUCAUCUCACCACCUUCCCCAGGGACCCCACUCCCUGAUGGUUCUUCCAGAGAGAAUCGACCACGGCCAAAAUCAAUAGCGGAUGUUUCGUCUACAGCUCAAGAUUCCCCGGCCGAUAGCCGCCGUUCAUCAGCGCCUCGAUACCACCACCGGCAUGGAAGCGGGCCAUAUCCCCAUUCCGAUCCCACGACACGAGACCACGAACCUCACGAAAGUCAUCCUCCUAAUCACACGGCCGCUCUAUCCGAACAGCCGACGGCCGCCCUCAAAACCGCUAAUCCACCAUCGUCCCAGCAACCUCAACAACCGCAAUCGCAAACCUCUGCCUCUAGUGCCGGCUCUGGACAGCGACAAGAAGUCAUUAAAGGCCCCUGGCGAUUACUCCGGCUUUUACCCCGAGAGUCCAGACAUAUCAUAGGCCGCAUGCUUAAAGUUAAGCCCCGUGAAAGAGCCACGUUGCAAGAUAUCCUCUCGGAUGAAUGGGUACGUUCUAGCGAAGUGUGUAGACAAGAAGAGUUGGGCCAGAUCAUCAAUGCACCUAACCAUACCCAUGUUUUGGAGCCACCGUCUGGGGCUCCGCCACCGACAAGUGACCAAAACAACAAGUGA